AUUCAUACCUCGGAUUUGUGACUGAGUCUCGUUGCUCUUACGGGUAUUUAUAAUGACAGGGCGACUGUCUGGGAGCAUGUCGGCCAAAAACCCAAAUGAAACGCAGCAGGAGCGACAGCACGAGGCAAGGGAUCGUAACACUGGAGCUCAAGGAUAAAUCAUGGACUCUGAAUACAUCCCACAACACCUGGACGUCCACCAUGCUCCCUGCUAACCUCCUGCUCCUCAUGGUCUUGCUGCUACCUCAAGCCUCGUCUGGUGGCCAGGGUGGAGACACCAGCGAGACUGGUCAUGGCAGGGCGUCCCCUUCACCUAAUUCCCCAUCACCCACCUCGGCUCUCCCUGAUCCUGGUCUGGCUCAGGCCAUACAGAGUCUCCUCCUGAGCCGACUGGGCCUACAGUCUCAGCCUAACCCACGACCCGGAGUGUCAGUGCCACAGUACCUCCUUGAUCUUUACCGCUUCCAUCAGCAGCAGUACCAUCUGGUAGAAGACCCUUUGUUCCGCUUCCCCAGCCAGCACAUUGAGCAGGCCAACACAGUACGCAGCUUUCACCACCAUGAGCCUCUUGGAGACCAUGGCAAAACAAACGAUCGCACAAGAGUGCACAUUUCCUUCAACAUCUCCUCCAUACCUCAGGAUGAGUUGCUGCUCUCGGCUGAGCUUCGGCUCCUCCGCGGAGUUAGAGCCUCCCUGGCUCAAGGACCUUACAGAUUAAACCUUUACCUCUCCAAGCACCACAAGGAUCCUGAGCCCACUCUGCUAGAGACUAGGUUACUUAACAAUGUCCUCCUUAGUCAUCAACCUAAUGGUUUCUGGGAGGUAUUUCGUCUAGAUGCUGAGGUCCUCCGUAAGGCCAGUGCUGGGACUGGUAGUUUGGGCUUCCUCCUGGAGAACAGGCCUGAAAACAGCACCACCUCGCUUCCUGACCAGAGCUCCUCUGCUGCAGGAGAAGACGAGGCAGAGAAACACAAAGAGAGACACCUGAGGGUGUGCAGAUCUGUGGGUCAGGAUGAUCACAGCUGGGCCCAGGAGAGACCCCUCUUAGUGACUUACAGUCAUGACGGCCAUGGAGCGCCUCUAGUCAAACACAUCAGGAGAACGGCUGGUAAUGGGCAAUGGGUAAGAGGUAGAAAAGGGUCAAAUGGGAAGUCCAAGAACAGCAGCAAGAGCCGCAAGAAAGACCAAGGCUGGGGCCGGGCUAAAAAAGGGGGGUAUUCUGUGCAGGACAGGGAUGGUGACAAAGGAGGGGUCAACUGGAGCGAUCGAGGAAGGGUGAAGAGAAACGGCGGUCAUUCAGCUAAACUGAAGCGGCUUUCUCGUGGAAGAUGUCGUCGCCAUCCUUUGUAUGUCGAUUUUAAUGAUGUGGGGUGGCACAAGUGGAUCAUCGCACCCAGCGGCUACGACGCCUUCUUCUGCCUGGGAGAGUGCCGAUACCCUCUGGCUGACCACAUGAAUGCCUCGAGCCACGCUGUAGUUCAAACUAUGGUGAACUCUGUGAAUGGAGCGGUGCCCAGGGCCUGCUGCGUCCCCACCUCCCUCAGCCCCAUCGCUCUGCUCUACCUGGACCAUCAGGACCGGGUCGUACUGAAGAAUUAUCAGGACAUGGUGGUGGAGAGUUGUGGAUGCUGGUAGAAGGUUGAAACACCUCUGACAGAGUAAGACUCCACCGCUCAUCAAGUGGCGUCAUUAACAGGAAGGAUGAAAGUGCAGACGAGGGGAGGAAGAACCUAAGAAUAAAAAAAAGACAGAGAGAGAAGCAGAAUUGGAAAAAUGAGUGUAGACGAGGAGGAUGAAGGCUGAAGCAGCUAAUUAAUCAUCAUCAGGAGCAAGAGGUCAGACAACAGCAGAAACACAUGACAGGGGUGAGGAAGAAAUCACAGCAGACAUGCCUUCCAGAAGUUAAUAAACUGCCAGGAUUUAUUGUUUUUCUCCAUUUGUCGACACUUCAGCUGUUUACAUCAUCCACUGACCUCCUAUCAUCACAUGUGAAACCAGUACUUUGUGACAGUUCUGUGAAGAUUUUAUGAACAAUUGUUACCUUGCAUGUUGCGGACAGCUUUUUGAAUAAUUUCAUUUGGGAAGACUUUUGUUUAAUUCUGACUACACUGCAAAAAAUGGUUUCUAAGAAAGCAAAAAAAAUAAUAAUUCCGUUUUAGACAUUUUAUCUUAUUUUUAGUCUAAAAAGAACUCUUUAAAAAAAGUAUUUUAGAUUUAUUAGCUAGUUUUAAGAAUUCUAGCUAAGUUACCACUACUUCACAGUGGAAACAUCAGCGUUGCGGAAUGGCAGGGGAACGGGUUCUGCUGCGUGCCGGUACACAUCAGAACAGUCUCAGCUGCAAAGUGGCUUCUCUGCCAUGUUACUCGCUUAACUCGCAAGAUCACAAGAUCCCUCUAGACUUUAAAGGUUACAGUUUGUUUAUGCCAUCCGCCAUUAAACCAAAAACAAGAAAAUCACGUUUUAUAUCGCUGUUUGAUGUCAUUUAUGAUGUUGUUUCUCUCCACUGCCAGGAUUAAAACAUGGAACCACACCGCUGCAUUUCUCAAAAGAUGCAGGGAGUUAAUAAGCCAUGAGGUUACACCUAUAGACAAAACCUACAUAGAUAUGAAAUCACUUAGCUGCAAUCGACUUUUAUUUUGAAAAUUACCAAACGUUUUGCACUGAAACUGUUUGUGAUUUCCUGUCUAGCUGUAUGUUAACUGCAGAAAUUGACAUAUCCCAGAAGUGGCUCAUGGCAAAAAUAGAACCCAAUCCUAUCUUUAGCGGCUCUACGCUUCUGAAACGCGCCAGAAAUUUUCCGCAUCACGGCUGGUUUGAGUCCCUCCCAUAGACUCCCCCAUGGGCAGCAGUACCUUAGGAGGUAGAGCAGGUUGUCCAGUAUUCGGAAGGUUGUAGGUUUGAUCCCAGCUCCUGACAGAGCUUUCUGCUGUUGUGUCCUUGGGCAAGACACUUAACCCACCUUGCCAGCUGGUGGUGAUCGGAGGGACCGGUGACGCCUGUGUUCGGCAGCCUUGCUUCUAUCAAUGUUCCCCAGGGCAGCUGUGGCAACAUUGUAGCUCAUCACCAUCAGUGUGUGAAUGUGUGUGUGUGUGAUAGGGCUGCAACAGGCUAUCAUUUGGAUCAUUGAUGAAUCAGAUCGGGUCUCGACUCGAUUAAUCGAUUGAUCGGGUUAAACGGGAAAAUUAAAUAACUUCUAUAGAAACAUUUUUCUCUCCUUCCUUUACUUUAUUUAACAACAAACCAUGAUUUAACAGUUUAAUAGCAUACAAAACAACACGCUAUCACCUAAAUAUAUCCAGAAUUAAACUAUGAUCAGUAAAAUUUAAUGUAUUUCAUAAUAUGUUCAGUUUUAAGCUACUGGAAAUGCUAGUAGCAUUUAAUUUCUACUGCAAAAGUUUAAUGGUGACAUAUUUAUUAUGUACGGGCUAGCAAUAAUCCAGUUUAUAUUAUGUUCAGAGAUAGACGUGUUUGUGAAUUACACGCUACAGUGGCUUGCCACAAUUCUGCUGUGGUGUUUAGCAGAGCAGACUCGAACCUGAGUUCAGCGGUUCUGCUCCAUAGCGCUGCAGUCAGCUCAGAACAAACAGAAUGGUGAGGACUUUUCUUCCGCUUGUAGAGUUUAGAUGUUCUAAGUUUCACGACCAUCAUGUUUUUUUGGAACCCCUCUUGAUGUGAGCCUGCUACCCGCUAGCAUUUGCUAAUCUGCUGGUAGUUGCACUUUUGAUCCCAAACUGUUUCUGCCUUUGUGUCUUUGCUGGUUUCUGCUUUCCUCCACACCACCUAGAUUAGCUCAUUGUGCGUCAGUAAGCAACUUAUGGUUCUAAGUGUGUCGUUUCUCAUCAAAACAUCGGCUUUCUCUCUUGUUCUGAUCUGCCCCGGUCUGCUCUGUUGCUUCCUACACAUGAGCUGCACAAAUUGACUGUUAACUAAAGGUUGCACAAUAAGAAAAAAGUUGCACAACAAAAUUCAUCUUUAUGAUUUGACUGAUUCGUUGUUCCAGCCCUGGUGUGUGAAUGGAUGAAUGAUACAUUGUUGUGUAAAACGCUAUGGAGUCCUCCAACUCUGAAAGGCGCUAAACACGUGCGGGUCACUUAUCAUUUACAGUUUAGACUGUAAUGGAUUCUAUUGGAAGUAGCGACGUUCCGCUGCCGUUCCGCGCCGCUGAUGCUUCCAGUGUGAAGUAGGGGUUAAUUUUGUUUACCCCAAUGGCAGAUUUUUUAUUCGAAACAAGAAAACUUUAAAAUAUACACCUUGCUUUAAACAAUACAAUUUUUCUAAAGAAGCUUUAUUUACCUAACUAAAAAUAAAAUUUUCUUAAUUAAAAGUUUUUUUUGGGGGGGGGUUGCAGUUUAGUGAACAGCUGGGCUGGCAAAGAUCAAAACAACUCUAAUUUUAAAAGUACUCUUCUGCCAAUGUUUUGCUAUAAAACCCUUAAAAUACCAUCAGGUUUGCAUUAUAUCGAUAUUUUAAAUAGGAUUAUUUGUUUAGGUUUUUAUUUUUAUUAUUAUUAUUUGCAAGAAGUGAAUGGCUUCCCUUAAGGCACAUUUGGCAGAUUUGUUAAACUGAUCAGAAUUCAACUCCUAUUUCUCCUAACUGAGGUCAUUCAAAGGGUUAUCUGCAGCAGGUAAGAUAUUAAUUAUUCAAAACCUUUCCACAGAACCACACUUAAAAAUACUGGUUUAACAUGAACUGAAGACAAACAAUCCUGUUUGCAACUCAUCAGUCUGUGGUAAAGUUAUCAGCUAUCUGCUUUGCUUCAAAAACAAAGAAAUCACUUUAGCAAGUCAGAAAAAACUCCAGAGCAAUUUUUAAAACAAUGUUUGCCUUUCAGGUGGACCGACAGUAUCAGAAUUAUGACGAUGGCACUACUGUGGCAUUAAAACUUUACGUGACAGUGUUUUGUUUCUUUUUUUUUCUCCAGUAUUUUAAACUCAGAAGGGUUCAACUGUUUCAAUAAAAGAUAAAAGAUUGUACCUUACAUGCAACCACUACAUCACCAGCUAUUUAAAACAACAGCAGUGCUGAGGAACUUUUAUGCUAUUAUUUGAAUGUACUGCGAUCACUAUUAUUUAAGAAAAGAGACGUUUUGUAAAUUUAUUUUUGCAAACAUGUAGAAACUGCAUGGAACGGCUGUCUUAUGAUUUGUACAAGAUUCAGCCAAACUAAGUUAAAAUGACACAUUAUGUAUUUAAAAAAGGGCAAUAUGGUGUAUUUAAUCUUGAAAAUAUUUAAAAAACCUUCACUCAAACAGCGCAUACAGCCAACGGAAAGCUUACCACGAUGUAAUGUGUGUGCUUUACAUUCCUACAAGUGUUCAGUGUGUUAAAUUAACAGUGUGUGUUGCUUCACAUGCAUUGUGGUGUACACAGCAGACAUAAGUCGUAUUACCUCUAGAAACUAACACGUCAGAGAAGCGCUCUGUGUAUCGUAGCUGCUGAAGUGUGUAACGCAGGUGUUUUUGUCAGAGUUGUGUGUACGUGUGUCAACUUACAAAAAAUCUAAUAAAAGAAGGGAAGAUGGAUAGCAAAACUCUGACUAGUGCCUUUUAAUCGGGGGCUUUAAAAGUGUUCUCUGCUGAGCUUAGCGGAUGUUUUUCAGUGACGCAUUUUCCUCUUUAAAUGGAAACGUUUACGCAACAGCUUGUAAAAUGUUUGCCAAUAUACCUCUAAUAAACAGACCGAACAGUGA